AGACUCAUUGCCACCAUGUUUUCCUGGAUACACAAGGACGAGGUGAUUAAGAUGGUAGACAUGUACGAGGCUGUAAUGGGCAGGCUGAAGAAAGUGUACAAGACGAAGGUGUUCCCGCUGGAGUCGAACUACCAGUUCCACGACUUCCACUCCCCCGCCCUCGAUGAUCCAGACUUUGAUGCCAAGCCCAUGAUCCUGCUGGUGGGGCAAUACUCGACCGGUAAGACCACUUUCAUCCGCUACCUCUUGGAGAGGGACUUCCCAGGCAUCAGGAUUGGACCCGAGCCCACCACAGAUGGCUUCAUUGCUGUCAUGUACGGAGACACAGAUGGCACCAUCCCGGGGAACGCCUUAGUGGUGGACCCCAAGAAGCCCUUCAGACCUCUCUCCAAGUUUGGAAAUGCUUUCCUCAACCGGUUCCAGUGCUCACAAGUGAACUCUACGGUGCUGAAGGGAUUGUCUGUCAUUGACACGCCCGGCAUCCUCUCUGGGGAGAAGCAACGGGUGGACCGAGGUUACGAGUUUACAGGUGUCUUAGAGUGGUUCGCUGAGCGGGUAGACAGAAUUAUUCUCCUCUUUGAUGCGCACAAACUGGAUAUCAGUGAUGAGUUCAGGGAGUUCAUUCAAUCGCUCCACGGCUAUGACGACAAAAUUCGUCUUAUCCUUAACAAGGCAGACCUGGUCGAUCGUCAGCAGUUGAUGAAAGUGCUAUGUUCUCUCAUGUGGUCUUUGGGGCAGGAGUUCUCAAUAUCACAGGUGCCAAGGGUGUACAUAGGAACUUACUGGGACCAGCCGCUCCAUUCCGAUGCCAACCGAAGGUUGUUUGAAGCCGAGGAGCAAGAUUUGUUCUCAGACUUAGUAUCUCUGUCUCGCGAUUCUGCUCUAAGGAAGCUCCAGAAAGUCAUUAGACGCGCCCGGCUCGCUAAGGUUCAUGCAUACCUUGUCUCAGAGUUGAGGAACUUGAUGCCUUCUUUGCUUUUCAAGGAGACAGCGAAGAAAAAACUGAUCAUGCAGUUAAAUGAAGUUUAUGACAAACUUAGGAAAACACACAAAUUCGCCCCAGAUGACUUCCCACACCUGGAGGAAAUGCAGGAGCAGCUUCAGCAGCAUGACUUUACCUUAUUCAGUAAACUGAAUCUCAAAGACGUGGAAGCUGUCAAUAAGAUGAUCGUUGAAGACAUCCCAGUUUUGGUAGCCGAGACGUUCUUAGCGGAUAUGAACACGGCCAAGGAAGAUAUUCUUGCAGAUGACGGUGCGUACGGAGGUGUGAGAAACAUCACGUUGAUGAAGAAAGUUAAACCAGGGGACAAAGACAACUACAAUUGUAGUAAACUCAUAAACAGCUUACCCUUCAGUAACGGCAAGAUCUCUAUUGCAGCGGCUAAGAACGAGAUGCAUAAGCCCGAGUUGCCCAACUGUGUACUAGAUAAAGUCUGGGCGACAUGUGAUAUCGACAAGGAUGGCAUGUUAAAUGCAGAUGAGCUGAUAAUAGCAGUAAGGGUUUUCAGCAUCCUAGUGCCAGAAUAUGCCAAGAAGAGCCAUCCUUCCCAGUGAGUGACUUCAGCAUCC